UUCGGUCAUUUUAUGGCGGGAAGUUUAGAGUAGUGAGAGUGAUACGAGGGCCUGGGUAAUCGGCGACGGCGAAGACGAAGCGAGAAUGGGAUCGGAAAUUCCUCUGCCCAAAUGGGCGUCAGAGCCUUGCAUGAUGGGCAUCGAUGAAGCUGGCCGUGGCCCUGUUUUAGGGCCCAUGGUGUAUGGAUGCUUGUACUGUUCACUUUCGUACCAGAGGACUCUUUCCUCGUUGAAUUUUGCAGAUUCAAAGACAUUGAAAGAAGAGAAGAGGGAGGAAUUAUUUGAAAAUCUGAAGGCUGAUGAUUCUAUAGGAUGGGCUGUUGAUGUCAUAGAUCCAAGGGAGCUCUCAGCUAAAAUGUUAAAGAAGAGCAAGAUAAACCUUAAUGAAAUUUCACAUGAUUCAGCAAUUGGACUUGUCAGUAGGGUACUGAACCUGGGAGUUCUUCUAACAGAGGUUUAUGUGGAUACUGUGGGAGAUGCAGAGAAGUAUAAAAUGAAAUUAUCUGAACGAUUCCCAGCUAUCAAAUUUAUAGUUGCUAAGAAAGCUGAUAGCCUCUACCCAGUAGUAAGUGGAGCAAGCAUUGUUGCAAAGGUCACAAGAGAUCGAACUCUGAGGGAUUGGGUGCUUGAAGAAACUGCUGAAAAUAUGCAUAGAAACUUUGGAUCUGGUUACCCUGGAGAUCCUGAAACUAAGGCUUGGUUAAGACAUCAUGUACAUCCCAUAUUUGGAUUUCCAACUUUGGUCCGUUUCAGCUGGGGCACUUGCACUUCCUACUUCAAAGACAUUGUUGAAGUUCUGUGGGAAUCAGACAAAAUGGAUGAAGAUGGUUCCUCUACCUCAACUAGAGGUAGCAAGAGGCAAAUGAAGUUAGCCAGUAUUGGUUUCACAGGAGUGAAAAGGAAAAGUGAAGAAAUUGAAUCUAGUGGCAAAGGACGCUGCAAAUUUUUCCAGGCUCGUAAACUUGAGCAACUCUCUCAUUUCUGAGGGUUAUAAUAUAAUGGCCAUGAUUUUAGUUCCCAAUUUUAAAACAUGUAUCCAUCACAUUGUUGCUCUAACUUAGAUUCUGAAAUUCAAAUCAGUGAAUCAGUAGAUGCGGUAUGGCUCUGCAACAAUUGUUCUUGUGUGCUUAUGAUUGGCAGAAUAUUAGGCAUUUAACAUAAUUAAACAUGACCAAUUCAGUAGGUCUAUUAUUUUUCAGUAUAUAGCCCAGUGCUAGAGUGACUGGUCUAACAUCUUUUUUCUUUUCCUAUUCAAGAUUUUAUUUUAUGUUUUUAACUCCAGGAAGUAGAACCAGUGCUUAUGUUUUUGUUUAGUUUGCUAGAUUCAUCAGUGUAUCUUAGAAUAGUUUGCAAGACGACUUGAUCAUUCUGACCAAAAAUAUGACAGCCACAAAAUAGUAUGGAGACUCAUCCCUGAAAAACCUUUUUAUCCUUUAGUUAAAUUCCCAUCAACUCCAUCAUGUUGGUCAGCUUUAUCUAGUCUCCAUGUUUUUAAUUGCUUGCUUCUCUACUCGAAUCUAAAUAGUUUUGACCCUUUUGGCAGCUCUACUUUUGAAUUUAAUCAGACUACUCCAUCUUCGAAUUUUCUCUAUCUAUUUUCCCCUGUGAAUCUGACACCCGUUAAAGACCCUGUGGAUAAAAAGAUCCUGUCAGAUCUUAUUUCACUAUUCUCCAUUUAAAUCUCCUUUUCAACAUUCCAAGGUUCAUUCUUGCCUAAAGUAGAUUCGAUGUUGGUGAGUUAUCAGCAAGUGGUUGGCGGUUGAUUGAUGAAAAGGUAAAGAACGCAGGAAUCUGUUUAUGUAGAAAAUAUAAUCUGUAUUCCAUUAAGCUGGUGCUAUUCUAUUCUUGUUUAGCUUGCCUUGGGUGGUCAACAGAUGAGCAAAUGAUUGGUCUUCAGUUAGGCUGUGAUGCUGAAAAACUGUCCUUCAUUUUGAAAUCAAAAUAAAAAUUUCAGAAGAACUUGUAUAGCAAAUAAUUCUAUGAACCAUUUUUAAAAAUUUCUCAAAAUAGCCAUACAACAUAAAGCUGUCUUUUCUCAUAGGGAAAUGCAAAGGUAUAUGGAAUGGUGUUUUCAAAGUUCUUAUUAUUUCCAUAAAAAAAUGAUGAAAUUGUUGAGUUCAAAAACAUAAAGAUCCUAGUUUUUCUUGCUUUAGCAUUGGCAUACUCAAUAGAGACUGCACUGUUGGAUAAUUUUGUAAAGGUUGAUGAUAGCUAUUCUGAGUGAGAUAAUCUCUAGCCUCAAAAGUCAAGUUGAUUGUGAUAACCUUUGAGUGACGAUGGCAUGUUGUGAGCAGGUUACUACCUUCUGUUGAAAUAGCUUUUUGCAUGUUUGCAAUUAAAUCCUCGUUUGGUUACAUGGUCCAUUGUUUUAGCCAAAAAUGCGAUCUUAGUACCCUAAUCUCGAGCAUGGUCUGUUUGUGUCCUGCCACAAAAUCUUGUUUUGUUUGGUGGCAAUUAUCCAUUGCCUACUGCUCUUCUUGCUGCUGAUCUUAUCAGCUCCCAAUAUAUUAUGACACUGUUGUUCUUCAGCAGGCUUCCACAAUAGGUUUGUUUCUGGAGUUGUCAAUUUAUAUAUUGUGCUAGAUAAGGCAUACGAAAUCAUAGCAGAGGGUAUAUACUCCAAAGACACAUUAACAAACACAUGCAUCCAUGUGAAAUUCAUUGAUGAUAAAGGAUUUGCAGAGUUUAAAUGGCAAAUCAAACAUCAAGAUGUGCAAGUACAACUCUGCUGACUGCUGAACUUGUGGACUGAAGACAACCAAUUGUUCUAUGCUGGCUUCAUUAGGUUCUCAGUUCUUAGAACCACUAAAAUGUGCACAGAAAGCGAUGCAAAUAUGAUGGCACACAAGGUGGGUAGUCCCACACAACUCCGGCUGCAGCUGCCAGCUCCACGGUGGUUGGUGUGAUGGCCUCGAACAGCGCCUGCUGCAUAUAGGGGUAUGGCAGCUCCGCCUCCUGUUUCAGGGGAUUUGGACCCGCUGCCAUUUCCUUCGUCACCACUGCCUCCUGCUACACUUCUGUGGCUAACAGCACCAUCGACAACACUACUGCUGCGGGCUAUUCCAUCUCUGGCACCAUUGUUGGAGGUACUAUUUUCUUCCAGUUUUUUGCCUCGUCCAAUUUCCUGCAAACCAACUGUAGAUGGAAUAUGGUUGAUCUCAACUUUUAUAUACACAAGGUAUAAUCUAUUAUAGAUAUAUAAUGUGUUUUAUGUGUAAA